AUGUCGUCUUUGGAAAAGCAGUUGAAACGACUGCGAAUUCCUGAUAGUAGUUCAUUAGAAAGAGCUACUAAGUUUAAGAAAAAAACUUCGUUUCUUUUUGAUCCGAAAGAAGCUUCUGACAUUGAUAAUGAAACCAUAUUUGCUCUGGCUUUGAACGGUCUGGACGAAUUAAAGCUUGUGAAUUUGCAGUUUGAAAAUUUUGAAACUUUGCUUUUUAGCGAGUCAUCUAAACAUCUUGAACGAAAUUUACAGUCUCAAGAGCUCAAUGACAAGUUGGACAACAAUUUAAAAGAUUACCUACGUUUCCUAUCUCCCUAUAUUCUACUUAAACCAGCUCAUAAAACAUUAGAAUGGUUAAUACGACGCUACCAAGUGCAUCUAUAUAAUACUGAUGAUUUGCUGUCCUGUGUAUUUCCAUAUCACCAGUCAAAUGUAUUCGCACGUGUUGUGCAGUUGUUAAACCUUACAAAUACUAAAUGGUCAUGGCUAACAUCAGUUCAGAAAACAGGCUGUCCUUUACCACGUAUCACUAUCAUACAACAUUGUAUCUCUAACCCUGCAUUUUUCACAUUUUUGUCUGGGUUGGUGUUUAAUGUUGGUAAAACCAAAAGUAAUACUAACCAAGAUUUUAAUGCGUACCGUGUGUUUUCAUCGUUUUAUGCAUCGACUGUCAUUGGUGUUCUUGAUAGACUUGAUAAGGUUUCAGAAGAAAAGGUGACCUCAUUACUUGCUCAGAUGAUUCAUGGUUUAAAGUCAAAUGUUCUGGACCUACAAGCUUCUUCAUAUAUGAUCAUUGGACAAUUGACAACAAAAUGUGUUUUGGAAUCUUCAGUUAUUGAAUCACUUCUUAAAAUAAUGUGUAAGGUAUGUAUGUAAUCUUUGAACAGACAUGUCUGGAAAAUGUUCAACAAUGUGUUCCACUUCAAUUUAGUGGAUCAUUCCAGAAAACACCCAUACCUCCCCAAAAGAGGAAAUUGGAAUUUAACCCCCUACCCCCUUCAGAUGACCUGAUACACUAUUAUCAGAAACACAUUUUUCAAGAGACAACAUGGGGGAGUGGGAUCAUGUUUUUUGGAAUGACCCAAUUUGUUUUCUGUUUGCAUUUCCAAAUACAUCCAAAAUUGCAUCCCAAAUUCUUUAAUUGGGUCAUAAUUCCACAAAACAUCCAUACCUCCCCAACAGAUGAAAUUGGAAGUUAACCUUUCUCCCCCUUCAGGCAUCCUGCUACAUUUUACUAUCAUAGACGUUGAUUUCCACCCUUUCACACUGGAUGCCAGAAAUGUCCUCCAUAGUGUGAGUUUGGAUCUUUUCUGGAAUGACCCCAAAUUCCAGGUUUGUCACUAACAUUUCCAGGUGAGGGGCCUUUGCUCAAAAUGCUGACUUCUUGUGUGUUUUUUUUCACGUAGUUUGAGAUGCUGUAAUCCCUCGAGCAUAUACAAAUCAUAACCAUGCAGAUUUAAAUUAAUUGCCCCACACUUCGACUCUCCAUUUGUAGAAUUUUAGGCUUGUCAAGUAAAAUUGUUUGGCAUAAUGAUAGUCGAUGCAAUAGGAUGAUAAUAAUUAUUGGAAAAUAGACCAUAAUUGAACCCAUCAACACCAAACAAUUUCCACUUGAUGAUUAAAAUUGCUGGCAUCAAACAAAAUAUAAUGCAUUGCAGAUUAGGAUUAAUUGGGAUCAGCAUUUCACUGACAGGUGUACAAACUGUGUAAUGUGAGAGAGGAGGUUAAUUGUCAAUAUUCACUGUAUUAGUUCUUGUUCAUUUAUAUUGUUACAGUCAAUUUCACGAAAUUUGACCACAAAUGUUUCGAACUUUGUUGCAAAGUUCGCAAGUUUGUUGCAAAAUUCAAAAGUUUAUAAUGAAUUCACAAACCAGUUUGUAAACUAUGCAUUUGAUUGGAUUGUUUCACUUCAGGGUCGAUUCACUCGAUUACCACAUAUUAUUAUAUAUCUGUAUACCAAUCAGGGACUUUGUUUAUAAAUUGGCUUGUGAAUUCCAAUAUGAACUUCGCAACAAACUUGAGAACUUCGCAACGAACUUCGCAACAAAGUUUGGAACAUUUGUGGUACAAUGAUAGACUUGGGAGGGAAGUGAAAUAUUAAUUAAAAUUUAUUGUACAUAUUCUGCCCUGAAACACAAAAUUGGCACCUGUUCAAGUCAUAACUAAAAAUAUCUUGGUAAGGAGAAAAUAAGUUUUUACAUCAAAAACAGUGAAUUAAUUUAACCAAAAUUUCAUAAAAUGUAAUGUCCAAGUCUCUGAGGGAGACAUGCUGCUUUACAAAACAAAACACAGUCAGCAAAUCGGUAAUGAUUAGGGAUGGACAGCCAGACAGAAUUUUGGACGUACACUAUUAAUUCCACCCCAUCACCCGGGAUUAUGAGGCCAUGCAAUUAUUUGACAAUAGUCUCUUCAUGUUUUGAACAAAGGCCCUUCAUUAGCAGAGUUACUGUUCAGUUGUAAUAAGAUAGUAAAUUUUAUAAAAUUAAUGUAGGUAAGAUAUUAAGAUAAUCAUUAAUAACAACCAAACUACAAUCUUGAAGUAUUCAGAAGUACUAAAUUAAAUAUGAAUCUUACAGUAUCCUUUGUUUCAUUUAUAGAAUGCCAGUGUGCAACUUUCAGAGUCAUUGUUAAUGUGCAUCAAUUGUGUAUGUUCAAGUCACAGGGUGAUCAGAUUCCCAAAAGUGUAAGAUUGUCAGAUUAAUAAGCAUGCAUACCAUAGUGCAGGUUUUACUUGGUUUUAAUUUUUAAAAUUUGUUGUACACAAGCAGUAUGAGAGAAAAUAACAUGAGUAUGAGGUUGGCACACCAGUGUGUGAUGACUGUUAUGGUUGCAAAAACCACAAAAACCAAUCAAUAUAACAAAAUAGAAGUCCUGAUAAUAUAGCAGUUUAGAUAUUUUUCACUUCAGAAAAUUAAUUUUUGCAAACUAAUUGGAGUCCAUUUGGAUAAUAUAUCAAUUGACAUUUCAUUUUGUGCAUUCAAGAUUCCAAUGAGUAGUCAACAAGAACUCAAGAAGAUACGAUACAGCAUAUGAUAAUAUCUCAACUUUAUUUCAAAAUCAGGCCAACUAGUUUAUCAGCUUUGCUGUUUCAAUGUCUACUAGCUUUCAUUAAAUAAAGUUGCUCGCUCACUCAUUAUCGGACACAGUGGCGUAACGUUAUAUCAGGGGGCCCCCGGUUCAAAAUUUUCGAAGGCCCCCUAUUAGAAGUGCCAAAGGCACGAGUCGAGCGCCGUAUAUGCACGAGUUUUCUAGGGGGUCCAGGGCAUGCUCAUCCGGAAAAUUUUUGAAUCUAGACUCUCUGAAAUGCCGUUUCCUGGACUUUGGGGAGAGAUUUUACAGAAUUCUGAUGGUCAGAAAACGACAUUGUAACAUAUCAGAGGCCUGGCCAAUGUUUUUGCUCUAUCGCCUAAGCCUGGGGGCCCCCAUUGGGGUUGGGACCCCCGGGUUCUCCCGGUCUGAGCCCAUAGUAGUUACGCCACUGAUCGGACAAUAACAUAUACUGAACAGUAUAUUGCAAUAACAAAGUGAGCUAGAGUGUAUGAGUGACCCAAGGAAUGAUGACAUCAUCAGUAUACCUUAGUGUGUCUUGUUGAUUACGUAAUUGUUAAGUACACAAGAUACUUACAUUUGGAGUAUGUUUGUUCUUUGUUUUAUAACAAAGAUUGUGUAAAUUUACUUCAAAUAAUCUAAUUUCAGGGUUAGAUAUAUUUACUGUAUCAUACAUUAUUAAGCAUUCAUAUUCAUUAAUUAAUUUUUAAAUACACCUUUCCAGAAAGUAUGUCACUUUGGCUGUUGAGCCUCAAUUUUGUGUACAAUAUGUGACACCAGUUGGAGCCUAACGUCUCCAAUCAUGAAAACGAGACUAUAGCCAAGGUGACAUACUUUCUGAAAGCAUGUAUUUUAUAUACUGGUAUUUUUUUGCAAAACAUCUGAGGUUUGUCUUUAGGGUUUACCAAACUUUAUGUGGACUGCCAAACAUAGGAACAAUACUUCCUGAUUUAUCAAAGAGAUAUCAGAUGGAUUCCUUCUUGAAAGUUCUUAUAUUUCAUCUUGUAAAAAAGUCCAUGGAUGAAGAAGGUGGCAAAGAAACCGAAUUGUUAAAUAAUUUGCUCAAAGAUGUUGAUGUAAUUGAAACAACUAGAACAGAAGUCAUCGGGUGAGGAAAUAUGUUCUCUUUUUACUGUUGUAUGGUUAUUGGGUUGUAGAAACUUAGUUCAUGUAGUCUGUCUACCAGCUAAGCAAUAAUAUUCUGCAAGUACAGGAAAUUUUGUGAUGCUGCUUGACAACAUGAUUUCAAAACAAAGACGUUCUUGCCACAUUGUUUUGGCCAAAUGCAAGCUUUGACCAGUUACUUCAAUACCCAAAUUCCAUAACGCUUAUUCUUCAUGGUCCCUUAUCAUAAUUCUAAAAUUAAAUACUGGUAUUGUCAUCAUGGACUAAUGAUGACUUCAGAUGAAAAUGAUAGGCCACUGCUCUUUAUUGCUGCCUUGGUUUUGCUAAGGGAAGUAAUUCAUUAAUGAAAUAAUCAAUUUACAGUACCUUGUGCAGAAACUGCCUUGUGUGAAAGGUUUUGUGGGAGGGGCCUUUUCCCCCAAGAAUUUUAUUGAGAUAAGACUUGACCCGUCUUAAUAAUUUAUUUGUUCCAAUGAAAAGUAAAAAAAGUGUUUCGAAAGUAAUAUUAAAUUAAUAAUACAGUUACCAUUCCUGAAACGGGCCAAUAUUUGCCAAAAUUUUGUGGUAAAUAGUGUAGACAAUUAAAUUAAUUAAAUUAAAUUAAACAAUGUGGAAAGUGAGAUUACAAAGUUUUAAAUCUAUUCAGACGUUUACACUUUCAGACUAGGGGGAAUCAGACCCCAAAAUGGCAGAUAAACUGAGCAUGAGACAGGUGUAACAAAAAAUUCGAAUGAAUAUUAAUUAAUGUGCCCUCCUCCCCCAAAUGCUGCCUCUGAAAGUUGCUGAUGUAGUUGGAGUAGAACACCAGACUAGAUGAAUCCACAAUGAAGGUCAAGAGAACGCAAUUGAAAUACCAAGGAACUACUGUAUACUGUAGCCAGGCCUUGAAAUAAGUGCUGGUCACCGGUCAGUGACCGGUAAAAUUUCACAGUUUGACCGGCAAAUAUCGUCGCCAGGCGGACAUGCGUGACCGGUAAAUUUUUUAAUAAAAAACUACGUUCAAAAAUGGAGCAGAUUUUUUAUUAACAACUUUCCAAAGAAGUGUAUGUCCGUCUACAGUGCAGGCAAGUAAGGGCGGCGAAGUGACACAUUUUGUCAUACAGAUACAUAUACCGCAAACAUUGUGCCUAAGGGCUGUUUUCCAGUUACGCGUUUUUCACACGUGCGACGGAAAAGUUUAAAUCGUUUAAAAUUUCAUAUAAGUACAAAUAACCUUAACAAAUACACAUUAAAUCAUACAUGAAACUGAAUGCUGUCCUUUUAUAAAUUUAGUUAUUUCAUAAGUAGGAUGUAAAGCAAUUUCAACUUUUACGUGCGUGUAUGCAUACACAUAUGAAAAACGCGUAACUGAAAUGCAGCCUUAAAGCAUGCUCGCAACUCAAAGUACAGUUGUCAUUUGCGACUUAAUAUAUUAAUUUGCUAGUAAACAAUGUUAAUGUUAUUAGUAAUGAUUCGCGAAAGAUGAGGGGAAAAAGGAGCUAAGGAGUGACAAUGACCGGAAUAAAUUCCGCUGUGACCGGUAAAUUUAGUGAUUCACCGGUCAUAAUAACCGGUAUAACGUCCAGAUAUAUUUCGAGGCCUGACUGUACUGUAGCUCAUAUAUUAAAUGAAUGGGAUGGUGGCAAAGUAACAGGGACAAGCGACCAACAGCAUCCUCCAUUUAGAGAUGAUGAUCACCCCAAUGUAGUUGUUGCCGCUGUAUAUAGACUUGCGUUGUGCACACUGAAACUUGGCAAGUUACGAUGUUGACCACUCAAAAAUGUUGCUAGAAGUGCGCAAGCUGAAUUAAGUUCAUGUCAUCACAAGAAAAACUAGUUGCAGUUCAAAGAUCAGAUAUACUUGAAAGAUGUAGCUGUGCUCUUUUAAUGGGUUUUAACUUAAAACGUUUUUAAAUUUUAAUACUUCUGAAACGCGAGCGACCAUAUUGAUAUAACUGUACCCCAAAAUGUAAAACCUCUUCAAACAUACCAUAUACUGUAUAAUAUGGCUGCCUUUGACUUCAUUUAUGCUUACAGAUGCACCAUCCAGGCUUAGUUUUUAGAUCAGUGGUUUAUGCAAAUUCAUUGUAUAGAUUGCAACUCAAUGUCUGAAGUGAUGAUCAGUGUUAAGCCUGGUUCACAUUGAUCGUAAACAUCGGCGAUGCCCAUUGUCGGUGGUCAUUGAUGCAUAAAAUGUUUUGUGCAUUUUCUUCUUCGUUGCUCACAGACAAUGGAUCGUAGAACAUCGCCGAUCAAUGUGAACCAGGCUUAACACUGACUUAACGCAAACUAAAAAAUACUGUAAUUAUCUUUACUUGAGGCCGAAUAAUUGGUGAACACGCUGGUGAAAAUUUUGAUGUCUCUUGCUCAUAAUUUUGUGGUACCAUAAUUCAACCCAUAUUUUCCUUGUACUUUAGUGAACAACUCAACCCUGUGAAUGAUGAAAUAUCUGUAAAGAAUCAUUGUGAUAAUGAUAUAAACAGCACUAGAUAGUAUCUGACACAGGACAAAGUAAUAAUGUGCGGGAGUCAAUACCAAAUGUUUGUAAAUUGUACGGCUUUUUUAUGUUUGUGCGCCUAGCAGUAGCUGGGUGAUUUUUAUAUGAGACAGACCGGACGUUUCCUUGUGUUUAUAUGAGACCUGAUGGGACUUCACUUUUUCUGCGACGAGGUGCAUUUAUUUGUCUCAUUAGGAUCGCGUCAACGUGAUCUUUGUAAGGGGCGGACCAUUAAUUAAAAAAAUGAUGGGGGAGGGGACAAAUUUGUACAGUACAAGAUGGAAAUUCCCCUUAUCUGCAUCAAAAUUGAUGUUAUAUACUCGUAUUUCACUUUAUCCAACAAGCACAUGCAUGUGAAGAAACGUUUGACGCCGAGUUAUUGCAUUACGUAGUUGUUACCCCCGAUCGUUUUUUAUUGUUUUGAAUUAUGUUUUGUAGACAUGUUCUAAAUGAAUACAUUUUGAGAAGAAGAUCAAUUGAAAACGAAACGAAUUUGACUGAACUAGAAUCCAGUGUCAAGAGGAUGGUGAGGAUCAUUCAAAAUAGGUACCGGUACAGGAGAUGUUGAUAUCUAUAUUUAUAAGAGAAUGAUAGUGUCCAAUAUUAUACUUAACACUAAUUGAAAUUUGGGUAACUAAUACUGUUAGGAAUUGAAUACAAACAAUGUGUACUCAUUUCCAAUUCAUAACAGAAGGAGCACAGUUGGCAACUUGCCCAUAACCCUAAGCUGAUAGUAUCCCACAAUUUGGGAGGGUGUCUGUUUUAUGGGACCCUUCUUUAGAGUCGGGUUGUAGCCCUUUCAUUCAAAUUGUGCAUCCUUGUAGCGUGACCCUGUCAAAUAUAGCACUAAAUUUGUGUAAAUAUAGCACGCUAUUUGUGCUCCAGGGGCAGGGAAAUUACUGGACUACACUAAUUAAUAUAUUAUACCUGCGCAGAUGGCAAAGAGAAAUAGACAAAACCGUUCAAAACUAUUUGGUCAGUUUGCGAAAUGAAGAAAUAUCUGAAAAUGAGAAGAAGAUAAAUCUGCAAUGGACUCAGGAUUUUGUUUCAAUGGCUUUGUCAAAUAUUGGCAGUCAGGUAACGAAAACUAUAUUUAGUGUCAGGUAACGCCUUGGGCAUCAGACGAAAUUGAAGUAGUGCCUAUGUUAGGUAAUUGUAGCAAGUUAGAUCCUACAGUAACAAGAAAUAGCGAUCGAGUUGGUAAUAAACUUUAAUUAAAACGAAAUGUUUGAAAUGAACUAAGUUCCAUCGCCAUCGGUUAAACCAUGGAUUGUAAAAUAACUAAUACAUUGUAUUUUAUUAUUGGAUAAUAAUUAUUUAUUAUCCAUGGUUAAACUAACUGUUAAAGGUUUAUUUUAAAAAGUCAUACAGAAAUGUAACGGAUAACGGUGUUUAUUAAAUAGACAACUACCGGAUAUAAUUAUUCUGAGCUCUGUCUGAGCCCCAAAUGGCAAAAUAUUAAGUCGAGACUUAAUAUUUGCCAUGUUGGGCGACGUUGAAUCUAAUAAGUGUAUUAUUAUAGCGGACAAUGAUUUUAUAUCGAAAAAUGUCUAAGCGAUAAUACAGCGAGAAUAAUACAGCGAUAACAUUAUCACACAUCGACUGCGAAUUUGCUUUAAUAACUAAACAAAAAAGUUAAUAAACUUGUUUUUAAAUCAAGUUUGCAUAAAAAGCACAAUUUCACGUAACCAAACUGGUAGAAAAAACGGCCUUAGUAGUUAAUGUUCCUACUACCUGAAAAUAUAUAAGGACAAUUUCGACGUUUCGAGCGUAGGCCCUUUGUCUAGAGUGGACGUCUUCAUCCCGACCAACGAAAGCUUGUUCAUUUGAUUGGCACUACCUACAGUACACUGGCAAAGUUCCAACUCCCUUUCAUUACUUUGCCAUAUCGUUUGUUGUGUGUUUGAAAUUGACAAAACACCAGGAAAAAGACAACGAUAAGCAACUGUCCAGUAUGUACUGUCGUACAUCGUAACCCUAUUGAAGACCCGUGAUUGGUCAAUGCCAAUGGCAUGUGAGUGUAUAAUUAUAAUAGCUCAUAUCCUGCCAGUAGAAAAAAACAAGAUGGUGGCUCGAAAAGGCAAGUUGUGUGGAUUGCUAAACUAACUGUCAAAAUAUUUCAUACAGAUCUUGUGAAUCCACUAUAAAUAAUAAAAGUUAAAACAGUUAUUCUACUCACUCUUGUCAUAUAUGAUUGAUAGCCAACUCGGUGCUAUGCACCUCGUCGCCUGUCUGCUCAUAUGUGCGACUCGUUAGUUAAACUUUAAAAAUGAUCUCACGUACAUGUAUACCGAUAUCUACUGUACAAGUGAGUAAUGUGUGUCUGUGGUAAUGUUGAAUCAAUGAAAGGUUAACUACUAUAACUAACCUUGCGGUUAAAUAGGUUAACCCAAAACUACAGCAAAAGAAUGCAUCAAUGUCCAAAAUAAUAUUCUAAGUGCCCCAUUCCUCUUUAUUAGGUUAAAUUUAUGAAUAUUCACUCGACUGCAGAAAUGUUUUCUUUCAACGAAAAUGUUUCCCUAAAAUCUAAAUUUUAAUGUUAGUGUGUAAAUAAUUAUAGCGGGAUAUUUUUAUGAUUUUGUAUACAUACGUUUAUAUGUUGCUCUAUUCAAGGUUGUUUGUGAUUCUGGGUCAACUCUGGUCAUUGCAUUACAUCAUCCCGAAGCGGAAUAUCGGAAACUCGCUCUCAAGAAAGUUUCUGAUAUCCUGAAAGAACCCAUGGUAAGAUAAGGACGAAAUGCCGCCAACUGAAUCCAUAGUUGCAAGCAUGUUCUUGCUAGUCCUUGUUUUCUUUAAUCUACAUAUUUUUGUGAUGAUUAGGUUUGUUAGGAUUUUUCUACUGGGCUGAGCUAGGUAGAUAUAGAUCUUGAAGCCCAGUAAACCACACCUUUUGGAAAAUAAAACUACGCUAGUAUGCAUUGAUGCAAUUUCUAUUUUACGAAGCAAUUUUUAUAUGGACAGGAAAGGGAGGCGUUGUUCUACGUACCUCAUAACAUCCACUUAACGUGCUCAGGCUAUUCUCUCCUCGAAAAAAGGGUAAAGGGGGGGGGGGGGUCCAGCGAGUGAUUAUUUUCAGACUCUCGUAGUUUCACCAGUUGCAGUAUCACUCACAAUCGCCUGUUACGAGUUGUUAUGCCAAAUAUUGCGUGAUUCUGCAGUUUGCCCCAGAUUGCCCGCAUUGAGGCUACUGUACAUGUGUAUAAACAGUACCUUCAAUGGUACCAAAAGUACCUAAAUACUGUAUAAACAGUACCUUCAUGCCAAUACAAUGUAAGUACUGUAAAUAAAUGAUUAAUUGUUUAUUUGUUUAACUAAGCGUAACUCUGAAGAUAACCAGUUCUUAAAGGAAUCACUGCUGGUGAAGUUGAAUGACGAAGAUCCUACAGUCGUGUCUGCUGUGUUAGAAUUGAGUGAGGUACUCAAUUAUUUGCAAGUUUAGAGUGAAGAUUGAUAUCGAAGGAACUAAAUUCUGUUUCGAAAUAUCACAUACUCGAACCGACCAGACCGCGUAGCUCAGUUGGCAGAGCAUUGGGCUAGUAUUCCAAAGUCGUAGGUUCGAUUCCCACCGUGGUCAGGCAUAUUUUUCAAGCUUGCCCGGUGUGCAAAUACACUCAGAGUAACAUCACAAGGAUCAAUUUAAUGUUUUCCACUUAGGGACUAAUCAAUGUUUGUGGUGGCGAGCCUCUAGUUCUUCCUUUAAUUAAGUUGAUGGAAAAGUCCUCACAAACAUGGUAAGCUAAAUGUGUUAAAAUUUAUCUUUAUAGUUGUAUGUAUUGUAUUUUCACUUUGAUCUAUCAUUGAAACUUUCCCAGGGGGAGGUGCAUGACCUUUCAGGAGAGGUGCAAAAAUUCUCAGGGGAGGUGCAAAACGAUCUCAGGGGAGGUGCGCACCUCGAUUGUAUUGUAUGUAAUAUGUCUAUUGAGAAGAACAUAGUUAUUUACAGUCUAUAUUGUAUUCUUGUAUAUUACUGUAUAAAUGCAGUAUACUCUUGUUUACUUUGAGAAGUUACUCUGUGAAUGAUGAACUAUCUUGUAAGAAUCACGUGUGAUCAUGAUAUAAACAAGCACUAGAUAGUAUUUGACACAGAGAAACUGAAAAGCAAAGUUAACUACAUAGAAAUGUGUAUGCAAGAAAUCAUACAAUGAAACCAUGUCACAUAAUGACGUAAAGCCAAUACAUCUUUUUUCUAUGAAAAAGUCACAGGAAUUCUUUGUUUCCUUCCACUGGGAUGGUUUGUAUGAUCAAAAAGUAAUUGGAACACCAAUUUUUCCUUAGGUUACACGGAAACGUUGAACUGAAUAAUGCAAUGUUACAGUAUAUUCGUAAUGCAAAACAAAUCAAUGUAACAAUAAAUAACAGGGGGGGGGGGGCAUAGCAAGGUUGAGCGAAACAGGGCUCUCACUGAAUAGAAUUUAUUAAAUUUCUGAUGAAAGGCUCAAUUUAAAUAUCAAAUUUGGUGGGUGUAUCCCAAUAACCCAUAGAAGUGUGGGUUAGCGUCAUAAAUAUUACCACAAACACUUUUUUAUUAUCAUACACCUGACCAUGUUGGACCAACAAUAUUGUAAUUCUCGGGAUUGGCAUACAAUUGUGACAUGGACUAUAAAAUUUUAGUCAUUGUGUCACUGUUUGUGAGAUUGAUUUUUGUUAAAACUGCUCAGAAUGCCGGAAGUAACGUUUCUAAGCCUUACAGAAAAUCAAAUAUGCUCGGGGGGAGAGCAUGCCGCCAGUCUCCAAAGUUUCUCGCGCCUCGCCUGAAAAUCCCAAUCCUAUUUAUGGGCCUGCAUUCCACAAAGCAGAUUGUCACCCAUAUAAUAAUUGAUACUUAUUGACUUAUAGGACCGAGGGAAACAUUAUUUUCUGUGGACCCGAGACCGCCAAUUUUUCUAGCAUUAAUAAUUUUAAUUCCAUGAUGGUCUUUUCCUCUCUUGUUAGGGCAGACGUAUUUGAAAAAGCACUUGAUAUUUUUGUGAGUAACGACAUGUUGGAGAGAAUGUCAAGUAUAAAAGAAAGCGUGUUGUUUCAUCUCCUGCCAUUCGUGUUUUUGAAGAAAAAGAGCAUUGAUCGCGCUAAACUUGUUGUUGAUCGAUUAGGGAAAUCGCAGUUGAAGACGCACUGGAUGGUAAAAAGCUUACGAAAGAAACGUUCGAGAGAAGGUACGUAUAGAUAGUAAAUGUCUAGGAAUCUGUUUAAUUAAUGACUGUGUAGCAAGAAAUCGUUGUAUUUUAAACUGUUUCAUGCAUCAGCGACAUAUGCAGAAUGAAAUUGUAUAAAUGUAAUGCGAAACAAGUGAAAGUAAAAACAGUGAAUGCCCUCAAUGGGGACCGUAGUUACAUGUUUUGAUUUUAGUUGGUAAACGUUUUGUUGGGAAAUGAAUAAAUAGAAAAAUUCUUUUAAACAACCCAAAGUACAUGAGCAAAGAGAGUCAGAAAACAAGAAAGAAAGGGGGGGGGGGAAAGGAAGAAUGAACGAAAGAAAGUAAAAAGCGCCAAUUUUACAAUAAUUGCUUUUUAUAAAAAGCCAUGCUGAUGUUAAAAACUCUGGUUUGCAUGAAAGAAUGAAACUUUCUUGGUCUGAUGGUUAAUAUUCGGUUUUGCAUAGACAUUUAUGUAUAUUUGUGGUGUUCCAAUUGGUGUUCCAGGUUUUGAAAAGUGUGUAGAAGACUCGACUUUCGAAGAACUUGCUAUCGAGAAUGCCAAGAUUAUUUCUGCCAUAGUGGAAGGAUUGAAUACCCUAGAAAAUCAGUCUGCUUUGAAAACGGUAAUGUAUUUUGAUUACAUUCCCAUCAGUUUGACAUUUCAGUGCACUUGUUCAGUAACAGAAAAAUUUGAAGGCUUUUUUGAAAAAUUUGAAGGUAUCUUGAAGAUUGAAUUACUUUGCCCUUUUGGUCACAUUGAAAUAAGUAACAUGUUCAGUCGCUUUGGUUAGUAAGAAACUUUAUUAAAGUGUCAUAUGUCAUAUAGCAGGUUACAAAAUAACCUACUAUUGUUGGAUCAUAUUACUUUGCCACUGUGCAAGUAACAACGAUGUUCCUACAUAAUAUCAAACACCGAAACAUUAGCCGUGUUUACACUAAAGACUGGCAUUUACCCGAGACCAUGCUUUGUAUACAUAUACAUGCAAAAUAAAGUUACGUUAUCAGGACUUGAAUUUGAACAAUGUUUUCAUGUGAAUUAGUCCUAGAUCAGUCCAAACAUGUCCACACUAUACAGCCCUAACCCUCUUCUUAUGCUUGGCCUGAAACCAUGAUCUUAGAAGCCUACAUAAAAACUCAAUGAAAACUUUUCUAUUGUAGAUAAAAUUGAUGCAAGAGCAUGCAAACAGAAGACAAGACCAGACUUUUGUAAUCAUGUUUCUCAUGAUAUGUUGCCAGUUUGUAAAUAUUUCCCAAGAUGACAGUCGAAAGUUUGAAGCUAUAUCUUUGUUUCUGCCUGGAUUGCUUGCGCUCGUUAGCUCAGUGGUUGAAAAUGAAGGAAAGAGUAAAGUUGCCAGGGUAUGGAGCUUUUUUGUGUAAUUAUAGUACCCUUCACUGCAUGGUGACGACAGCAUGUUUUAUAAAGAGUAUCUAACCGAUCGACUAUGGUCGAGACGAACUCUCUUCGGAUAUAAAUGGCACAAUGGUUGACCUUUCACCUCUACAACCUUAUAUUCUGAUGCAUGAUUCAGCUCAGAAGUGUACAGUACUACAACUUACAAGUUUUACUUUAACAAAUACCGUAGGUUUUUAUAUGCAUUCCUGUUGUACUGUAGUAUCGCUGGAUUAGGGAUUGUCCUUACUGUACCCCUAGGAGAACAUACUUGAUAAAGUUAUCUGGUGUAAUUGCAAUUAUUUUGGUUUAGUAUCUUGCGACCUGCGUCCACGAUGCCGUCUCUCCCGAUAACAAACCAGUGUAUUCCUUAUAACUGCUGGUUCAGUAUAAAUUCUAAUUUUACCAUCAUUCCUCUUCUCAGGAUUCAGACGGUGAUGAUGUUGAGACUCAACAGGAAGGUGUUGUUCCUGUUGGUUUACUAGCAAAUUAUCUUCAUAUGUUAAAACGAAAGAAAGAAAAGAAAUUACUUCAUGUGACAUCCAGGAUAUAUCUCUACAUUCUGGAACAUGUUGUCAAGUGUCUUCCUCUCGCUAAACAACAAUCAUCAGUUUGGUGGAACAUUUCUAAUGAUAGUGAGAAGGAGUAUACGAAGGUACAGUAUGGUUUCGUGUUUCCUUUUAUUCAGUGAAAUUUGAACAUGGAAUUUUGAAGGCUGCUUUCCAGUCAUACAUUUUCUUCACAUGCGUACAGGUACAUAUGUACAUUGAUUACACAGGAAAGCAAUCUUUAAUCAAAGGCCAUCGAGGUCGACUCACGGAUGAGAUCAAAUGAAAGUGACAGAAAGAAUUAGAGCAGUUUCCAGUUGUUUUUGCAAACGGGCACAGUGCGAAUUUUGCCAUUUGUCGUGCUUCUUUUGCCAAAUCAAAAGAACGAACGCGUGCUCCAGCCCGAUUUCCGGUUCUGACAUGGCCGAUCCGCAGGCAAACAGUGCGCGCAAAGCAGGCUGGUCAUUUCCCAUUGUUUAACUGCCCCACACUCAAGCAUCCACAAAGACUUACAGAUGUUGCUUCGCAACGGGAGAAGCAACAUCCGUGAGUCAAAAAGCAUGCAAAAUUUUCAGAACGCUAUUGUGGCAUCUCAAUUAAAUUGCUGAUUGGAUUGGUCGAGCGCAACAGGAAUGGAAUUUGCAGUAACAGAUGGGUGCAGUGCGAAAAUGGGUCCAUUACUAGCUGUCGCUUUUGCCCGCGCGAGACAAGGGACUAUAACAAGUCGUAUGUGUAAUUAGUCAUGUGUGCAGGCCAAGGAAGUUGAAUGUACUAAACUUUCAUGGCGUGUAUACGAGGGACCGUUAGACGGCAUUUAUCCAGCAGAGUCGAACUGUGAGACGAGGUACAUAUUGUAAUGACUUUUCUAACCUACACUGAUGAACACUCUCGCGAUUCAACAUCAUUGUGUAUUUUCCAAAUGUAUUUAACAACUUUUAUUCGCGCAAUCAUUUCUAGAUUCUGUUAGCUGUUUUUGAUGUCGUUUUCAAAGGACUAGUCAAAGGACAAGAUUUUCCGUUUCAAGAUGAAUUUAAAAGCUGCUUCGAAACAGUCGUUAAGGUACUGCUUAUGACUUUAUUAACUGCAUAGAAUCACGAAAAUGAGGUGUAUGACGAUAGUUAAUGUGACUAUGUAGAUUAUUCCUACCGUAUUAGAUAGACCUUGACUUCAGACCGUUUGAUGAGUACUACUGAUACACUUAAUAUCUGAAUGUUAUGAUAAUGACAAACCCAUUCUAUGUUCACGUCGAACAAAGGAGUUUAUAAUCUGGUAAGAGAACAUGGGGAAUUGAGGAUCGUCCUCUCAGUGACCAAAAUUGUCUGACUUUAGAUAGAAUAAAAUAAUAAUGAAAUGCGUCCUUGCCGUUUGAGACUUGGUGAGACUACCAAGUGAGCUCUAUAUAUAUCUGGAGCAAGAACUUCAGUCAUUCGGUCAAUGAGAAAAGUGAAGCCAAGAUGGCGGUCAUUGACGUCCAAUAGCUCUGAAGGUCGUAAACAGUUUUUAUACCAUUUUUACCAAGCUAAUUCCAGUUUUUUCUAAUGGACCGUAUCACUAAUCAAGUUUUCAGUUCAUAAAAUCAUAAUAUUAGUCAUUAAAUCGAAGUUCGGUAUACUCCUUGCCAAGUUGGCGGAAAUUGAAGGAGCUGUUGGACGUCAGUUCCAGUCCCUUUCUGUUGUUUUUGUCUGCGCGGUUUAGGAAAGGUAAUCAUGCGAUGGCGAGUACAAUUAGGGUAUUAGAGAGGUUAAGAUACCCCGGUUUCGGUAUACGGGUACGAGUAGUGUCAUCUUGUUUUACUGAUGUCUGUAAUUCGAUCAUACUUUUUCUGUUUUCUUGCAAUAGACAAUGAUAUAAUGCGAAAAAUGUGCACCUUAAUUACGAGUAAAGGUACAGACAUCGACGAAAAUAUUGCUAACUAAAAUCAUGCUACACGUACACCGAAACCGGGGUAUGUUAACCUCUCUAUUAAUCCCUAAUUGUACGAGCAACAUCGCAAUGAUCGCAUGAUUACUUGUUUAUUAUUAGUAUGACAAAAUUGGAUACUUCUCAAUGUCAACAUAUUCUCUCGCCAAAGCCAGACUUUCAACCAAAAUGUGGUGCUUUUGUUCGUAUUUUUGUUUAGUUAUUUUGUUAAAGCAAUAUUUCAUGGUGCUUUUGUUCGUAUUUUCAUCUAGUUCCUCAAGGGCAAUUUCACUUCACAUUUGUAUUUUGUUAAAAUACUUUUCCGCUAUUUUGUUUGUUUUGGGAAAAUCAUUAAUUGUACUGCAGUGCAAUUAAUGAAAUAAUUGUACUCCUCUCAACCAAUCAGCAUCCAGUAAUUUUGUCAUGCUAAUAAUAAAGCGGUUAACACGAAGCCGAUUCAUUUUUGGACUCGAGUUCUCGCCCCAGAUAUAUAUUGAGCUCGCUGGGUUUACCGUAAGGCAACAUACAGUAGCAUCAUGUUUCAUUUUUGAAAAAUAACUACGUCUAGUGUUAGGGAGAAUAAAAUGUUGCCUUGUAAUUUAAUAGAUAGAAUAGAAUAUUUUAAUAGUUUUACUGAGGUAUGACAUUUUCUCGAUUUUAGACACAAUUUCCACAAAGACUACAAUUCCUAAAAUUUCUCACUCUGUUAUGGUCCAGCACUGCACGUCAGAAAUCGCCGAGUAUUCCAGGCGAUCUCCCUGUUCCAAGUGCUCUUGUUGUUGUACAAAGUCUCCAUGUGGCUAAGGUUUUAAUACAAUCUAUAGAUGAACAAGACAUGACGGAAAUUACAUCAGAGAAAUCACAAGGUAAAGUGGCUUUCUUUGAUUUGUGUGCCUGUAUUAAUAAAAUUAUGGUCAUUAAAUUGAAUUUCACCGAACAGAUCCUAGUUUAUAUGUGCGUUAUUCAUUAGUCUUCUAUUCUGUUCUUCGCAUAAAAUAUUUUUUGACUGAAACAUAAUAUUAGCCACCGUGGCCAGGCAUAUUUUUCAAGCCUGCCCGGUGUGGAUAUACACUCAGAGUAUCAUCACACAAGCAUCUUAUUCACCUGAGUACAUUACACCAACACAGCAAAUAUAAUAUUAGUUGAAAAUAACCGAUUUUCGAAUCAAAUCCAGGGUGGAAAAAAUAGGGGAGUUCGCAGGAAAUUAAAAACAGCUUAACAUUUAAACAACUGCAGGAAAUUCGUCUGAAUGAAGAUUUAUUAUUGAAACUUUGAAGGAAACCUUGACACCCAUGUCCCACUAUUGGCGCAACAACAGAUGGUUGAACAUUAUAUAUUUAUGUACAUGCAGAUUUAGCACAAAAAUUCUCCGUUGGUCUGCAGGAAAUUUUUGUCUUCAGGUUGUGCUCCCAGAAAGAAAAUUCUUUUUUCCUGCGUUGUUCAUACUGUACAUGCUUAGUGCAGUUAUUCUUGUAUUGUCCAAUAUUGAUUUAAUUCACACAUCUGUGGAAAAAUCUUUUUACAGUGUUUCCAUCGCUGUUGGUGUGUUUGACGAGUCCAAUCACAGCUAUUCGUCAAACUGUCCUGGAUGUUAUUUCUUUAAUCACGUCUCGCUCGAAUGACAAAACCUCAGUAGUUAUCUUGGGAAAUAUUGUGUCCGAAUCGUCACAAGAAAUUAUUGCAGACGAAGCAUUUAUCGCCAGGUGAAAAUAAAAUAUUUUCCUAAAAUUGUAAAAUUUUGUGCCAUCUACAGGUCAAUUAUUAGUUCUUAUAAGAUUUUAUGCCAUCUACAGGUCAAUUAUUAGUUCUUAUAAGAUUUUAUGCCAUCUACAGGUCAAUUAUUAGUUCUUAUAAGAUUUUAUGCCAUCUACAGGUCAAUUAUUAGUUCUUAUAAGAUUUUAUGCCAUCUACAGGUCAAUUAUUAGUUCUUAUAAGAUUUUAUGCCAUCUACAGGUCAAUUAUUAGUUCUUAUAAGAUUUUAUGCCAUCUACAGGUCAAUUAUUAGUUCUUAUAAGAUUUUAUGCCAUCUACAGGUCAAUUAUUAGUUCUUAUAAGAUUUUAUGCCAUCUACAGGUCAAUUAUUAGUUCUUAUAAGAUUUUAUGCCAUCUACAGGUCAAUUAUUAGUUCUUAUAAGGGUUUGAAGAUGGAAAUUUCGAGUGUGAAUUUUAUACAUUUAUUAGACCAGGAGCAGUUGCGAAAAAUGCAAGUAUAGGUCCUCUGGCAGGAAUCGAACCUGCGAGCCUGCGAUUCCGGUCUAUUUCACGCAUUGAUAUCUUAUAUACACUAGAUAGCGCAUCUCUUUUAGUAAAAUUGAAGCCAAGAAUAUUCCAGCGGUUACCCCCAUUUGAAUAGAUGGCGGCCAUGUUGGAGUUUCCCACUCGCUAAUAAACGCUUAAAAAACAACAAUAACUUCCAUCAUUUGAAUAGUUAUUCAAAUGUAUUUUGAAUAGGUUUAACUUAAUGUUUAAGUUCCCUGUUUAAGAAAUAGAAAACAUACGAGUCUUCUCAUUUCAUGGGAAUAUCCUGAGUCUGCAAUCACGGCUUCAAUUUUUGAAUUGCAGAAUAAUUAGAUGCACUAUCUAGUGUAUAUAAGAUAUCUAUGAUUUCACACUCGCAAUUUUCAUCAACAAAACCCUUCUACAAUUCGUUACAUCGAGAGUAGAUGCCCAAAAUCCUGAAAUUCUUGUUAUCAUCAAUAUUCAGUAAUUGUGGUAUAUAUACAGUACCCAAUAAUAAAAACAGUACGUAGUCGAUAAGAAAUUUUGGACAGUCUUUCUCUUCAGCCUGUAAAGGGAAAACACUUCUCCUCAUUUCAAGCAAACAGCCUUUGUUGUAUCCACACCACGGUCAACGCUAAAUCCCCAAGUUUGAAGAUUUAAAUAAUGAGUAGUAGUCAAUUUCCAAUUAUGUUACAUGUUCUUCCAGGUUUAAUAGUUCACUUGUUCAUGUUGACAGUUUUCAAGAUUUUUUCAUCCAUUUCCAUAUUUAGCGUGUUCCACAGGUCUAUAUCACAUGAUAGUAAAUCCCCUGAAAGCAGUGGACGACGGAAAUCUAAGUCAAAGAAACGCGCAGCUAGCGAGAAUGUACUUGCUUUUCUUUUGAAUCACAUAGUACAGGAGGAGACCCCUUCACAUGUUGCUCGGGCUCUUUUAGCAACACUUGACAAAGUUGAUACAGAGGUAUGUACAUUACAUUUUGUUCAAUUUCUUCCGAAAAAAAUCGUGCACUUGGAGCCAUAUUGUGUAGAAACGUUUUCAUAGAAAAAUUCCAGUUUAUCCAAUCAGCAUGCCUUUACUCAACAUAUAACCCAAAGGCCUGAAGGAUAUGAAAAGAAUUGUGGAAAGAAACUAUCGCAAGAAGUAAUUUCUAUAAUCCUGCUGGAUUAUCAUGCAAUCAGUACAUGCAAUCAACGCAUGUAUGCGCGAGUGUGCGGAAAUGUCAGGAAAAAUGUCUGCCAAAAUAAUAAGAGUAAAUACGGGAAAGAAAGCGUUUACUAUAAGGAAAUGACUGAAGCUACCGUAUAUAAUUAGGUAGGAGAUUUCAUCUCUUUUUCCUUGUGUCAAGAAGAAGUUAUACUGAGUUUAAACACUCGUAAUCUUCUUUAAAUUUUUUGCUAGAGCUUCCUUUUUUGCUAAAUACUAUUUCCAGUCUUUUGAAUACAGAAGUAAAUACGCGCAGACAUUUGACCGCGGUAGUCAUGCAAUCUAAGAGUGAAAGAGAAAUUUCCUAAUGAAAAUAUUUUUUCUAUACUGUCAUGUUGUUUGACUCCUUCACAUACAAUAACGCCAUAGUCGCAAUUCCUUUCCAGGAUUUCCUCAUCACGGGUCACAGUGCAAUGAAACAAAUAGUGACGACCUACACGAAAUCAAAAGGUAUGUAUAUAUUUAAAAAGGAAUGCCCAGCUCAUGCUAGGAAACAUCGUUGUGGAGACGUUGUUGAAACACGUUUUCCAACAAAUUGAGAGAAUUUGGUUCUUUCCCAUCUUUGAGAAACAUUGCCAGGAAAUUAUUUCUCGCGACAAUUGUUUCUGCCUAGUCUUAGGGCUUAACUUCAUAUAUUCCAUUUCUUUCUAUUAGAUUGUUCAUAUGACAAUAGCCAAGUGUUGCUGUACCUUAUUCAAAAGUUCACUCCUCGUACCGCUGGCCUUCUCAAAAGUGACCCCCAGCUUUGUGAGAUGUUUCUACAACUGUUAAGUAUUUCAAAACCUUUAUUCCAUGGUCACGUGACGCCACAGGAAGCUGUGCUUAACCAGGUAUAAAAGCAAUCAUAGAGCCCAUCAUCCAUCAAGACGGAUCUUAAUGACGAACUAUUCAGAUCACAAAACGAACUAUUCUGACCAAAUCUCUAAGAUAGCGUGGUGUACUGGCAGUGGUUCUGGGAAGUUUUUGCAAUAGUUCAUCUAGGCAGGGUGCGAUAAUUCAAGAUUUUUAGUUGUACGUACCUCACUGGUACUCCGAUGAUUAUGAUAGCAACUUAAGACUCAAGGUGCAUAUAUACGUAGUUUUUAGGACAAGGUACAUAUUAACUUUAAAACGUAUUUAUUCAGUAACCUGAAACUACGAGUUAGAACAAGGAUCACAACUGCAAAAACAAACACAUAUAGUUGACUGCAACAUUUCUUAUAGUCCCAUCCUAUCCGUUGAAUCAUGUUUCAUGCCAAGACAUGUCAGAUUUACACAUUACUAUUAAUUAUACGGUUUUGAAUACUGUGGAAAGUAUGCUGGUCAUAUGGUACCAGCACAAUAUAAGUAAACAACAGAUUUGACUUCCAUUACCCCCUACCUAAGGAACCAUUAACCAAUCAGAUGCGUUUGAUAUAUCCAAUUAACCAAUCAGAUGCGUACUAAAUCUGCCAGCGAGAGGUAGCGGUAGUGGACGUCAAAUCUGAACCUCUAUUGGCCUACGUACGCGAAUUACAGUAUCGCACCCUGCACUCUAAUGUCGUAUCAGUAGACGGUCAUACACGAAAACAAACUACGCACUCGAGUACACAAACCUGUAACGUAGUACGCAGAGAAUUCGUUUUGACUAAUCCAUCGCCAAAUUUCCUAACCUUUACAUUAUUCCACCUUGUUUCUUUUUAGAUAACCGCUGAAUAUUUUGAAGCAAUUGACGACGAACAUGUCCACAGUCGAGUACUUGGUAAAUUGAUUGAUGUGCUUAUAGAAACGAGCAAUCCUCAAAUGUCGACCAAGAUCAAGAAUGUGUUGAAACAAGUACGCCAUGUUAAUACAAAUUUCUUUUUUAUAUUUCCCGAAGCUCCCGCAAUCCUACAUUUUGAUUGAGGAUCUUGCUAAAUCCCAUUACUUGCAUGAAGUUGAUGUUCAUUGGCAUACCCACACCAUGCUGUAUGAACGCUCAUUUUUUUAAACGUUGCACUUUUUGUACGUGCAGUGGUAUCAUGUGAUAGCGCGUACAAUUAAGGAAUUGACAAUACGAGUGAUGUUUUAAAUUUAUGCCAACAUUGCACCAGCCGCCCAAAAUUACGAAUUUUACUCAACCAUAUAUGCCUUUUAAAACAUUAUAUACUAUUCUUUUACUUGAAAUAAUCAUUUCUGGAUGCUUUACUUAUCCCGUUCAUUUACAAAUUUUAAUCGGAAUUUCAUUUGAUAAAUAUCCUUAAAUUGUGAAGAGAAAAGAAAAAAUUUGUUGAACCGCUAUAUUUUCAAUAUUUUUGCUGAAAUUUGUUCCCAAACUCCACGCCUGAUUUAUUAAUUAUACUGCUGAAGUACUGCUGUACAAUUAAAAUAAUUGUACGCCUCUCCACCAGUCAGAUAACAAUAAUCGCUGGCACAAGAUUACAAUCAGGAAGAUUGUAACAUUUAUGACGCACGACUGACCUUUCAUGUUUACAAAGCAGAGUAGUGCUUUACCGUUGCAUCUAAAAAACUGAUUUCUGUAAAUGUACUUUUCUUAAUUCUUCACUUGUUUAUAUUUAGUUACGUAUAUCUGCUGAUCAAAUACAAAACGAACUGAAUAAAUUGUCGGAAGACGAGAAGCCAAAAGCACGUAAAACCAAGAAAUCCAAGUCAGUAUUCUUCCUUUACAGAUUACAAGAAUUCUUGUUUUUCCGAGUUUGGGCCAUAUCUAUGGGUUGGACAUAUUCCCUAACUUUCUCUUAUGAUUUCUUAGAGCUGAGGCAUCUGAAGACUGGUCCAAUUCGUUCAGUCCUUUUUGGCAAAGAGUUAUUGUUAUUAUUGAAGUGCUUCAAUCCAAAGAUAACAUUGAUGAAGCUGAAGCUCUGCUUCCUACGCUUUUUAAAUUGCUUUCAAUGUAAGUUUGCUCUUUUGAUACUUUUGUAUCAUAGAACGGAAGUGACACAAGGGUUUAGCAAAUUACCUUUUGCCUCCUAGCUAAGCAGAGUGCGUUUUACCAGGGACGCUGGGUUCGAUUUCCGGUUGGGACAUCUACGUGUCAAGUUUUUCAGCCAUUCAUUUAUUUACCACUGACACAGGGGUGAAUAAGAUCUGGUCUGGCUACCAGUGAAUAAGAUCUGGUCUGGCUACCAGUGAAUAAGAUCUGGUCUGGCUACCAGUGAAUAAGAUCUGGUCUGGCUACCAGUGAAUAAGAUCUGGUCUGGCUACCAGUAAAUAAGAUCUGGUCGCCAAAUUUAAUAUCAGGUCUUCCUAUAUGAAUAUGUGUUAAUGAAUAUAUCUUUGUAUAUAUAGAUAACAUAAAAACGCAGUUGUUUAAUAUGUUGGCAAAUUAUGUGCAAAAGCACAACGAAAUAUUUUAAAAUAUUUUAAGGCUUUAAAAGAAUUACUUUAUUAUUUUGAGUUUUUUCUCAGUCAUCACGAGGGCUCCCUUUGGCAAAUAUGUGGUUGCCAGGUGAACAGUUUGGUCGCAAUUAACAUGCGCAUUAUGAUGCAGCAGCCCUCUCCCUUGGCUCGAUUACCAGUCGGCAUUGUAUUUAAGGUGUCUCGAAAUGGUGUCAAUAUCUUAUAUUUAAGGUGUCUCGAAAUGUCAUCCCAAACCUCUGUUGACUAUCUCAAACAAAUAUUGCUUUCAACAAUGUUAAAGAUUUGUCAAACACAUGUUGGUCAGAAUACAGGCGUGGAACGAGGUAAGGAAGUAAUAAGAUAUGAAAUAUGAAAUAGAUUAAUGUUAACAAAAUGAUGAUUCCACAAUGAAAACUUAACUAGGAAAGGAUUUUUCUUUGAAAAGGUUGAAAAUUAUUUUUGAUCUCAUAAUCGACAUAAUCUCAAUCCAUGUUGUGUGAUAAAUGAUAAGUGUAAAGUGGUGUUUCCCCAUUCCAUAUAUUUAUUAUUGAUUGGUGAAGGUCAGAACUUCCACAAAUAGAAUAACCACAGGGCCAAUUAGCCUUUCUCACGCCGCCAUUUUUGGGUGGGUUUUCAGCCGAAGUCUGCGACAUAACAGUCCACAUAACAGCGACUUUUUAUAAUUUUUUGGACGAAUGAUGAUAAAGUUGCUUUGUAAAUGGUUAGUUUAUUGUUUUAAUUCACGUUGUUUUAAUUGUCUGCAUUGGUUAACGAGAAUUAGAUGCCACCCAUUAAAAAAUGGCGGAUAUUCGUCAUCGUGAGAAAGGCUAAUUGCUGUUUAUUUAUUUCGCAGGUAUCCUUAGUGAAGAACAUUUUAGUGUGGAGCAGAUCAUUCACUGUAUUCGCGUAUCUGAAAAUCCCCAGACUCAUCAUCAUGCACUUUCCUUGUUGGCUAUUGGUGCGAAACUCUUCCCAGUGAGUUUUCUGUUAACUGUGCAUAAAUUUUACAUUUAUACCCCCACCCCCUUUUUGUCUCGUAUCUUCAUUGAUAACAACUUUUCAGUAAGCUUACGAAGUUAACCUGUGUAAAUACCAAAUCAUUAUCUUCGGCUGUAUUCAAGAAAUGAAGAGCUUGAAUAAUUGAGAACAUUACACCAGAGCGCAAAUAUUUUAAAGAGCUCCAAAUUGAAAUGUUUAGUGGACUAGUCUAAUAUGUCAAACGUAUAAUCCAGGUGUCAAAAUUAACAGAUAUUGUGUGAUUUCAUAGUUGCACAGCAGCAGAUCUAUUGAAAGUUAUAAGUCAUACCAAAGGUAUCCUGCAUGGCAGGCGGUCCCUAAAAUCGGGCAAGCCUGGGAAAGACCGCCUGCCAUGCAGGCUAUACCAAAGGAGGUCGAUAGACUAACAAUUUACUGACACCGCAAACGUAAUUUUUAUUUCCUUUAUUUCCUCGCAGGAAAAGGUUCUCCAUAAUAUAAUGUCCAUAUUUACAUUCAUGGGAAUGAGUGUCCUCCGUCAAGAUGAUGCAUACAGCUUUCAGGUUAUCAAGAGGACAGUUGAGGCCGUCAUCCCAGCGCUUAUACAGGUUUGAAACCUUGACAUUAUAUAUGGCGGAGUUGGUUUUACGUAUGAAAAACUGGGGUUUAGUGUAGAGCACACAUGUUUGCUAUCUCCCGCGAAGCGUCAAUUUUCUAAUGAAACGCCUGUGGAGGAGGUAGAUGAUUAUAUUGUGCAUGCGAGUUACUUUAAAGUUGACUACUACCUAAUUUAUAAACUGCCAGUAAAUGUGAAGAGAUCAGCACAUGUACUACAUGUACUUAUGAAUAACGAUGUUACAAUGUAGAACAGAAAGUAAUAAUACAAUGUAUGCACAUGGGUCCUGAAUGCUGUUUGAUUUCCCACACUCUGUGGAAUUACGAUUAAAAAUGUUUAACCAAUCAUAGCGUGUUUCGGCUGGCAUGCACAUGAAAUUAAGCUUCGGUCUCUGUGUAGCAACUAUAUAUUAACUUUAUUUGUUGUUUCUCACCAGGCAGAGAAAAAUGAGCGAAACGUGAAAUCUUUGGUAACGAAAGUAUUGCGAGUGUUUGUUGAUGCUUACCCUCAUGUUCCUGAACAUCGUCGCUUGCCAGUAUUUGUUCAUCUUUUAACAACACUAGGAGCAUCAAGUUAUCUUCAUGUCUGCUUGGCCUUACUUCUCGAAAAAAUAUCAAACAAAGAAGCAAAGGUAACAUUGCUUUGCAGUUUACAUGUUGUACUUCAUGCAUGUUUAGCAUUUUGGAGGUUGCAGGUUUAAUCCUUUUUAAGGUGGUUCAAUACAGUUUUUUAAAAAAAUGUAAAAUGCACGAUUUAAAUGCGUAUUUUUGGACAAUUAUUACUUGUUGAUAAACAAAAAGUAUCUUACUGAUAUAAAACAACAUCUAAAGAGUUUGAAUUUUUGCACAAAAGUUACGCAACUGCCGUUGCUAUGGCAACAAUGACGUUUCAAGAUGGCGGAUAUUUUGACUUUAAAGUAAUUUAACUCGUAAACGACAUCGGUGACCCCCAAAUUUUAUUUAAAGAAAUGAUUUCUCUUAGUAUGGACAAUUAUUUUGGCAAUCAGUUAAAAAAAACUCGAAGUGAAAAUUGCUAAAAAACGCCAACAUAAACCGUACGCGUUUCAACACCGCGGAAAAACGUCUGCGCAUGCGUCAACCUUACCUGUAAUAGUAUUGCGAACUUGAUGAGAAGCUGUUCCGAACGUUUCCGAAGGCUCAAAAUGGCGGUAAAAAGGAGUGACUUCAUUGUGCGUCUUUACAGCCAGAUUUCGAGCGCAAAAAUAAACAUGUCAUUCUAAAAACUAGGAAUAAAUACAGCCAGAAGGUUCAAGAAAUUGUAUUGUACAAGAACGUGAACUAAAGGUGAUUGUUGACAAAUUUAUCGUCUGAAACAUUUUGUUUAUCAACUAGGCAACGAGAAUUUCCGAAUUUUCGUUUGAGCUACAUUUCUUUAAAAAAAACUGUGUCGCCAAAUAUAAAAAAAUUUCGUGUUCACAAUAAUUAAACUUUAGGAUUUAUUCUACAAUUUGAGUGGGUUAAGAAGCUUAACUUUUCGAGAGUUUUCUUAACUUUUUAGUUUGAAUUUUUGUUUUGAAUAAUUUUGCAAAAAUGUUCGAAGUCGUGUCCGUUAAAAUCAACAAUUUUUUACAUGAAUUAUAUUUCAUUCCAUACUUUAAAUGCCAGGACGCUUUCAAUUAAUGUCUAGUCUACCCAUUUGCUAUAUUUUCUCGUUUGUUUUACUAAUUUUUGACCAAUUAAUAAGCAUGUUUUUGUUUUAGAAAUUGAUAUUCAAAUUCCCCGCCAUAUUUUCAUAAUUUGGUGCAUGCGCAGACGUUUUUCCGCGGUGUUACGCGUUUCGUGUUCCUCACGCAUUAUAAUUUACACGCAUGCGCAAAUAGUGAUCAUGUCGAAUCGAUAUUUUGUCACGUCAACAGCUUCAACUGGAUUUAGGACUAUUUUCCUCGCGUUUCCUUCGAUGAAAUUUUUUAAACUUUGCGCGUUUGCUAAGCAUGACGAUUCGCCAAACAAGGCAGAUUUUUUGUAGUCGUUAUUCAUGAAUAUCUCAAAACCUGCCUUAUAAACAUCCCUUCAAAUUUUAAUAUGUCAUUCCUCUUUCAACCAUAAAUCUUAAAAAAAAAAAUUCAGAAAAAUUGACCGAAGGAAAAAAAAGAUAUUGCCGUUUGAUUGUAAAAUUAGACAAUAAAAGUGCAAAAGAUGAAACGUCAUGGUUGCCAUGGCAACACUAACACUGUUCCUAUUUGUUCAUAUAUCGACAGCAGAAGACUUCUGAACUUUCCUGGAAAUGAUUAUAUUGCACUGUCUUAAGUGUGUUCAAUAUAAAUUUGGUUGAAAACGAAGGUUACCUAAAAUACUUAAAAUUUUAGAAAACUGUAGGGAGCCACCUUAAGUCUGUAAGUUUACCAUGCCGUUAUAUCAUUGUUUUGGUGGUACAAACUCGCAUGAAUUUUAUAACUAAUCUUCCAUUCUCGCCUCGUAUAACACGAAUUAGUACACAGUGUAACCUUCAUGCGUCUGCCAUCUGAGACCUUGUAUAUCUCAAUGGUUAGAGCAUCUGUCCGGUUAUUAAGAGGCUAUACGUGGUUCGAUUCUCGUAGGGGUUCUGACGUUUUCUGAGUUGCACAACCCACAUCAUUUCAGUAAAUAUGUCAUGUCUACUGUGUGUAUGUAUGCACGUUCAAUAUAUAAUUUCCCGCAACUAUUUAUACAUUUGUUAGGUUGAAACCAAAGAGUCCGGAUUAGUAUUCUGCAACUUUUUAUGCAGCGAGUUUUCUCCAGAGUUUCAGGUAAUUAUUAUUUGUGUUAAUCAUAUAUGUAAGGGAGUACUAGACUACUAGUUUGGAAGAUUCCGUGUUAUUGCCACGAAACUACAAGAAACGUGGCUUAAAAGUGUAGUAACGUAUGAUUUUUGCUGAGCGUUUUUUUUGUUCAUAUGAGGUUGUUAUAUUGUGUUUAAGAUGCUAUCGUUGGUGAGCCUUUUAAAAUAUCUCGCAACGCUUCCUGAAGAAAAGCCAGAAGGUUUGUGGUAGACUAUAUGGACUUUAAUACCUGACAUGGGGCGGACCUUUUAAAGCUGCAUGUUCGUUCUGUAGUGUCAAGACUGGCUUAGUGGCAUGAUUCCUGCCUGCCGGGAAAUGAGGGAAGGUGGGAUGAUUUUGAUGUAUUGAAAUAAGUCACUGUAGCCUUAAAAAAAUCUAAUAUAUAUGCCGAAAACUGGCGUACUUUAUAGCCACAAACCGUGGUUGUAAGGCAUGCUGAAAAUAUGCCUUAUAUAAUGCGUAAUUUAUAGCCUUCAGACCGAAGUCAGUCCUGUAUAGGUACAUGUAAGUCUCAGGUCAGGGCUACAGUGUAAACACGUUUUGAACUGCCAAAGACCAAUUUCUAUGACAAUAUAGGCCGAGCUGAUAUCGGUUCUCAGCGGAAGGAAGGACGUAGGUCCUUACUGUAGCUACAAUUUACCACUGGUCUGCACGGAACUACCGCUAGCCAAUAUCAAAACUAACGCUUUAUGUUUCGAAAUUUGUGCAGGUAACAGUAGAAAACGUUACGCUGAUUCAUCUGGUAUUGUGUUUGAUAUUAAUACUCAUUCUGGGAAAGAGUUGCAUCAGUUUAAGUUAUGUGGAAUUGAACUUAUACUGAGCGUUCUUGGAAAUGACAAUCUAGUGAAUAAGGUAUUGGUUGUUUAUGUUUUAGACGUUGUAUGAAGUCUGCGUGUUUCCUAGAUAUUCUUCUUCCAUUUAAUAGCAUUAAUAGAUUUUUGUUUUCGGUGUUUUAGAUUGAAAACGUUUCUGAAGAAAAAGAUGAUGGUGCUGAAAAUUUCUAUUUGAGGUACAUAAAACGAACCAUUAUAAUUUAAUGCAAAUACCAUUAUAUUUGUAUUGUAUUUGAUAUUAAUACUCAUUCUGGGAAAUUAAGGCCCCGUUUACAUUUACAAUUUUUGCUGCGAUUUCUAGUGCGAUUUUCUUCUUCUGAUGCAUGUGAACGAGUAGAUGAGUUACGAAUGUUCCGAGUACAUGCACCCUCAUCUGAACAUUCAUAACAUAUCGUUCACAUCCGUUUGAAGAAAAAAAUCGCAUCAAAACUUGCAAAAGAAAACGAGCCUUUAAAAGUGACGUUUACGGCAGACUGGCCGCAAACAGCAAUUAAAAAUCGUAUUUGAAGGUACGUUUGCAAGUUUUCGACAGCUAUUGUAAGUAGCUAAUUCAUGCUUAAUUUUUAAUGCACAGAUUGCCCUAACUUUAAAAAGCUGUUGACUUCAAAUUAGGAUUUGAAGUUUGUCGUUAGCGGUCUGCCAUAAACGUCAAUUUUAAGGUCUCCAUGAAGUGAUACAGAAACGUGAAAAAUAUAAACUGCACAACUCGUAUCUUACCAGCAGCUGAUAAGAAAAAAAAUGCAAUGCUGUAAAUUGAACCGUCAGUUUGGUUGUUCAUGUGCAGACGAGAUACAGAGUCAGUAAUUGAAAAAUAGUCACGUGAUACAUUUAGCGCUUGGUGGUCAACUCAAAAUAGAAACACAUUUACUGGCAUGAGUUAAAUAUUCAUUACAAGUAUUGAUCUUGUGUUUGGUAUCAAAUAUAUAUGCAAUUUAACGAAAUUUACUUGCUUCCACAAGGCAUAAAGCGGCAAUAUGUGUAAAGUUGACCACCAAGCCUUUCCCCUAUGUUAGGGAUAGCAGCCAAAAUUUCAAAUUUACAGGGGGGCUGCGCAAGUACGCUAGUUUGAAAGAGCUCGUGAUUUAAAACAUAAUGGUGUUUGUUUCAUCAAAAUCGGUCAAGGCAAUCAAAAGUUACGGCAAUUUGAAUAUCGGAAUUUUCGUCAAAUUUUUGGAAGAGCGACACUGUAUAAAUGUAUUACAGCUGGGUGUGAAAUGCGGCACCAAAAUGCUUGGUUUUAUGCUGAUUUUUUAACAUAUAAGGUCAUAACUUCUAGACAUUUCAUCCGAUCACCACAAUAUUUUCAGAGUACAUUGGUAACACACACAGCAACAACAUAGUGUAACAGUUGGACACUUACCGUUGCCAUGGAAACCGUAUGACGUCAUUGAAUGACAAAGAAAAAACACGAAAACUGAAAUUAGAUCAUUUAUUACUGAAAAACCAUUACAAAAGUGUUGUAUGGGCAUGUUAUACGUCAAAUAAGUAAUACUAGUUGAUAAAAUGUUACAAAACUGCGUUACCAUGGAAAUAUGAUGACGUCAUAACGACGUCAUAGCUAUGAACAAUAUGCACUAAAAUACAUAAUUUGCCUGCAUUUUUCAUCACAAAACAUUAAUUUAUAAAAACUAAGUGUGUGUUGGGUAUCAUUACAAGCUCAACAAUACCACAGACAACACCGUUCAGUUACCAUGGUAACCAUGUGACGUCAUUUUUAUAUACAUUCUAAUUGGAAAAUUUUGCGUAUCUUUGCUCAAAAUUUACUAAACUUAUUGAAAUAUUUCGAUAGUUUUAUUAUUGUACACUUUACAAUCCUAAACACUCAUUACAUAGUCAGUUUCCAUGACGACGCUACAAAUCCGAUGACGUCUCAAUUACGUCACUCAUGACGUCAUACUAUUGAUUAAUUUCUCAUUUUGAGGAGGAAAUAAAUUAUUUUUCAAGAAACAUACAGUAUUAUUUACUGUAACACUAGUUUAUCAAUGAAAGAUACAGUUUCGACAACAAAAGCUCCUGAGCUAUAUAUCGAGCUGGACUGCUUGUUCAUUUAAUAUUGGUCUAUUUUCUACAUACUGUCUCAUUUAAGAAAGCCAUACAGGUUGAAUGCAUUGACGCUUCUAUUCCAUGGUGUACUUUAAGUUGAUUAUGUAUACUAUAAGAAUGAAAAAUAACAGAUUAGUCAACAGUUAAACUAAUUAAAAUUUCCCAUCCACCCUGAACAGUUCAGUUUACAGUUGGGUUUUCAGCAGAUUAUUCAUCACCUGAUAGCAUCAUAGACAAUUAAAGUCUAAAAUGAAAAAGAACACAAAUUAUGAUAUGCACUAAUUAAAUUUCUACAGGAAUUACCAUAAUUUAUUCUUUCAUUUCAUGAUUUUCAGCGCACUUUACGAGUGA